AUGACCUCGGCUCCUACGAUUCUUGCAACAUGCAAGCAGACUCGCUUCCAUCUUCUAGACGAUGCUCCUUCAUCAGAGGUUCGUACCGGACAAGGGACUCACUCUGGCUGGAUCGUAAUACUCACAUUUGCCAAGAUCGAUGUAGAAGGCCUGAGCAUCACCGUCACAUCAAAACCAUUAGAUCCAGACGAUGCUUCUAAGCCCAAGGGGAAGGGCAAAUCAAAGGUCAUGCUCAGCGGCCAGGAGCUCAUUACUGAUGGACACCUCCGGCUGAAGGGAGGUAUCCAUUAUGGACUAUUAGGGCGUAAUGGCACAGGCAAAUCUACGCUGCUGAGAGCAAUGGCUGAGAAGCUUAUCCCUGGGAUUCCGCAUGCAACCCGGGUCGCCAUCUUACAACAGACGCAGGAUGAUUCCGAGGGUUCCUAUGGCCUGAGCUUGGAAAAAACCGUCCUCGAUGCGGUUCUCAGUAGUGAUACAACGAGAAACGAGAUGGUGAAGACUGCAAAUUUCCUUUCAAAAGCCUUCGAGGAUAAUGAUCCUCUCGGUCCAGUUCGGGCCAUUCGAAAGGUCAAACAUGAGCAAGCGCAGAAAAGGCUGUUCCUGGCAGAUAAGAACGCCAACCUGAAAAGCGGUGCAAGGGGCCUAGUAGCCAGAAAAGAUCUGAAGGCUGCUGAACUGAAUUUGGAGUCUAUGCAAAGAUUGCUCGAACAGGACCUAGAGGCUGUUGAUGCGGAGACAAUUCAGGCAGAUACCCAGGAGGCUGUGGAAGAGCUCCAUAACCUACAGUCCCGUCUGGAAGAUAUGAAACUCGCAGACGUGGAGAAAGAGGCCCGUCGAGUCCUUGCAGGGCUCGGAUUCAAAGAAGACUCUUUAGGUAAAAAAGUCUCUACAUUGUCUGGUGGAUGGCGAAUGCGAUGUAUGCUCGCAAGCGUUCUAGUCCAGGUCCCUGAUGUUAUGAUCUUGGAUGAGCCUACCAACUUUCUUGACCUGCUUGGAGUGGUAUGGCUAGAAACCUACCUAAAGCUUCUCCGAGAGUCUUCCGAAACCACGGUUCUUCUCGUAUCGCAUGAUCGCGACUUUAUUAACGCUGUGUGUGAAGAGAUCGUGAUACUGCGGGACCAGAAACUGAACUACUUCCGCGGUAACCUAGCCGCAUACGAGCAAGACUUUGAGGAGCAAAGAUUAUACCUGAGUCGUAUGAAGGAAGCGCAAGAACGACAAAAAGUUCACAUGGAAGCAAGCAUUCGUGAAAAUAUGAAAGUCGGUAAGAGAACCGGCGAUGAAAACAAACUACGUCAGGCAAAGUCGCGCCAGAAAAGGGUCGAAGAUCGCGUAGGUCUGCAGGUCGGUGCUAAUGGCAGUCGCUUCAAACUCAGCCGUGACAUGCCCGGAUACCAUUUCACUUCUCGACCGGAAAUUGAGGUCCCCGUGGAAGAGAGAGGCGCGACCAUGCGUCUUCCGGAUCCAACUGAGCUACGCUUUCCGGGGCCUUUGGUUUCUCUCGAAGGGAUCACUUUCCAAUACAAGAAGACUGAACGCAUCAUCCUUGACAACGUCAACUUGACUGUCCAUAUGGGUGAUCGUGUCGGUAUAAUGGGGCUCAAUGGAUCCGGAAAGUCUACAUUGAUUGGUGUUCUCACUGGCAACCUUUCCUCUCCUAAGGGAAAAGUCACGACUCAUUCUCGACUUAAGACAGGUUAUUAUAGCCAACACUCAGUGGAGGAACUACAAGAUCUCGGUCGAAGUCAGGCUGGACUUACUGCGCUAGGGCUCUUAAUGGCCGAGACGGGGAGUUCACUGGGCGAGGGCGAGGUGAGAGCCUUGCUAUCCUCCAUGGGUCUGGCCGGUCGUACUGUUUCCGAUGUACCUGUUGCAAAGUUGUCCGGUGGACAGUUGGUUCGACUGGCUCUAGCUCGGAUUGUCUGGAAUGCGCCACAACUCCUCAUCCUUGAUGAGAUCACAACCCAUCUAGACUACCACACGGUGACCGCAUUGGCCACUGCCCUUUCGUCUUUCGAAGGUGCUCUUCUUGUGGUUUCACACGACCGGUUCCUGGUCCGAUCAGUUGUGGAGGGCAAGCGAGAUAUGGAACACAAACUGGACGAAGAAUUCGAAGGAUUAGAGGAAGAGGAGACGGAGCCGAGCAAGAGUCGACGCCGGUCAGUGUACGUUGUCAAAGCCGGCAAAUUGAACGAACAGGCAAACGGGGUAGAUCAGUUCGAACAAAGUCUAGUCAAAAGAGUGCAAAAGAUGCUUUCAGCCUAG